GAAACACACAGUUUGGCACUUGUAAGUGAGUUGCAUGCAGAAUUUGGCAAUGAUUGGUGCAAGGCAGCGCUCCUUGCGCCGUAGCUGGAUCCUGCUUCCUCUUGCUGCCUUGUUCAGGCUAGAUUUGCUUGCAGGCCAUGCCUUCGCUUGCUCGGUUGGCAUGCUUGGAUUGCAGAGCUGGACACCGGCAAGAGAUCAACCCAGAGGGACCUUUGCAGGUUGUGAACUUGCUCAUGGCAAGGCUUGCAAGGAGAGCACUCCCCGCAGUGGCGUGCAGUCGAUGGCGCUGGCUCAAAUUGGUGCUGGUGUGGCAUCCCUGGGCCUUUUGAAGGUGCUGGCCUCCAGAAUACACCGCUGGUUCGAGACACCCAAGAGGCCAUAUGAUGAGGGCUCGGUGAAAAGUGCCUAUGACGAGUGGGCACGAGAUGGGGUUUUGGAACACUACUGGGGAGAGCACAUCCACAUGGGCACCUACCAUCCAAUGGACAAGCAAAGUGGUUAUCGCAAGAAGGAUCCCUUUUUCAUCGCCCUGUUCCGUGCCACCGUUGGACGCUUGAAGAACUUCAAGCAGGCAAAAAUUGACUUUGUGCAUGACAUGAUCGACUUUAGCCGUGCAACAGAUCCCAAGAAGAUUCUGGAUGUUGGCUGUGGUAUUGGUGGCUCAUCGAGGAUCCUUGGCAAGCGCUUUCCCAAUGCCGAGGUGAUCGGUAUCACGCUUUCACCCGAGCAGGCGCAGAGAGCUGGCCGCCUCGCAGAGGAAGCCGGCUUGUCCAACGUGCGCUUCCAGGUCAUGGAUGCAUUGAAUAUGGAGUUUGAAAGCAACACCUUCGACCUAGUUUGGGGUUGCGAGUCUGGAGAGCACAUGCCUGACAAGAAGAGGUAUGUCGAAGAGAUGUCCAGGGUUCUGAAGCCCAAAGGAAACCUGGUUGUGGCGACUUGGUGUGAGCGAGAUCCAGUGCCAAUAUUUACAGCAGAAGAGCGCAAAACGCUGAACUUCCUCUAUGCCGAGUGGUCACAUCCCUUCUUCAUUUCCCUCAGCAAGUACAAGGAGUAUCUUGAGGGCACUGAGUUGCUGGAGAAGGUUGAAACCGCAGACUGGACCGAUCAGACCUUGCCAUCUUGGCGACACUCAGUGUGGGUCGGCGUGUGGUCACCUUGGUACUGGAUAAAGGUUACUUUGAGGAAGCCAGCUGCUUUCAUCGGCUUUCUUCGGGAGGUAUACACGCUCGAAAAGUACCACAAAUCAAUGGUUGAUGGGCUCAUGGUUUAUGGGAUGAUGCGAGCCAUCAAGAAAUAACUUGAUUUUCGAUUUCCGGAUUUCAUCAAAACAAUUUUCGCUAUUUUCAAAUCCGGAACGAC